GAGCGUCGCUAAGACCCAGAGGGCUCUGCGGGCAGCGGGGCGGGCGGAUCGCGGGCGGCAGCGCUCCAUCACCAGCGCAGAGAGAAAGGGGAAGAGGAGGAGGAGAAAGGAGGAAGGAAGGAAGGAGGGCCGGGGCGGAGGGGGGGGGCGCGCUGGGCCCCCCCAGGCUGGCGAUGGCCUGACCGGGUCCCCGCGGCCCCCCAGCACGGCCCCCUCCCCGUGCCCAGCGGGCGGCGGGCGAUGCGGCGCGGCGGUGACGGAGGUUUCGGGGCAGGAUGCUGAGGACGGAGGCAGCGAGCGGGGCGGCAGCCCCGGGGGGCAGCGGGGGGGCCCCCGGCAGCGGGGCGGGCAGCGGGGGGCUGAGGAGCGCGUCCCCGCACCGCAACGCCUACGAGGCCACCAUCCAGGCCCUGAAGCCCACAAAGGAUGCCGAGGGCGAGGACGGCAAGAAAGCCCGCAGCAAGAAGUAUGGCUCCAACGUCCAUCGCAUCAAGAACAUGUUCCUGCAGAUGGGGACGGCGCCGGGCCCCGAGGGCGCCUGCGACUUGGCCAAGGGCAAGGAGAAGCCCGUCCGCCUCUCCCUGCCCCGCGCCGGCAGCCUGAGCGACGGCAUGGAGCAGGGCAGCCCCCUGAAGCUGGGCACCAGCGUGUCUGAGCGGGUGAGCCGCUUCGACUCCAAGCCCGACAAGCCCUUCUCCAAGCUGCAGGAGACGCGCAAGAUCUUCGAGCGGAGCCCGCAGGAGAAGGAGACCACCACCAAGCUGCUGCUGCGCAAGGAGCGCGCCGGCUUCCAGGACCGCAAGCUGGACGUGGUGGUGAAGUUCAACGGCAGCACCGAGUCCUUGGAUAAGCUGGACACCGAGGCCGUGUCGCCCACCGUCAGCCAGCUGAGCGCCGUGUUCGAGAAGGCCGACCUGCGGAACAACCUGCACAAGACGCCGGGGCGCGCGGGGCCGCUCAACUCCAAGCUGGUGAGCAAGCGGUCCCGCGUCUUCCUGCAGGGCGGAGAGGGUGGCAAAGCCGAGGGCUGCGCGGAAGGCAGCGUUGCGCCCGCGCGGCCGCGUCCCACGGAGGAGGAGAAGGCGACGGGCAAGGCCCCGAGGUCAACGGAGAAGGAUGGGAGCGCCCCACGGGUGCAGGAGGUCUGCAAGAUCAAACCCGUGGAGGUGGAGGAGAGCGGCGAGUCGGAGGCGGAGGUGGAGGUCAAGGAGCCCACAGCUGCUCCCGAGGUGGCCAAAGGGGCCGAGGGGCCGGUGGUCCCCGAACCGUGCCUGGAUGGGGGCGAGGAGCCCCCCGACGCCAAGGAGGGCAGCAAGGGAGAGCGGGCGGAGGAGGGCGAGCUGUAUGAUGAGUCCAAGAAGGAGGACUUCUCCGAGGCGGACCUGGUGGACAUAAGUGCCUACAGCGGGCUCGGGGAGGACUCGGGGGGCAGUGGGCUGGAUGAGGAUGAGGAGGCGGAUGGGCUCUACGAGCCUGAAUCCAGCUGCGUGGAGAUCCCCGGGCUGUCUGAGGAAGAGGAGCCUGUCCCCAACCGCAAGAUCCAGUUCAGCACGGCGCCCAUCCAGGUCUUCAGCACUUACUCCAACGAGGACUACGACCGCCGCAAUGAAGAUGUUGACCCCAUGGCCGCCUCAGCUGAGUAUGAGCUGGAGAAGAGAGUGGAGCGGCUCGACCUCUUCCCCGUGGAGCUGGAGAAAGACGCUGCAGGGUUGGGGAUCAGCAUCAUUGGCAUGGGUGCAGGGGCCGACAUGGGCCUGGAGAAGCUGGGCAUCUUCGUCAAGACGGUGACGGAGGGAGGGGCGGCCCACCGGGAUGGCAGGAUCCAGGUGAACGACCUCAUCGUGGAGGUGGAUGGCACCAGCCUGGUGGGGGUGACGCAGAGCUUCGCUGCCUCCGUGCUCAGGAACACCAAGGGCCGCGUCCGGUUCCUCAUCGGGAGGGAGAAGCCGGGCGAGCAGAGCGAGGUGGCCCAGCUGAUCCAGCAGACGCUGGAGCAGGAGAGGUGGCAGCGGGAGAUGAUCGAGCAGCGCUACACCCAGUACACCGAGGAUGAUGAGGAGGUGAGGGCAGCACCCAGGGAGCACAGACGUGGCCCUCAGUGCCUGGGUUCCCCUAUGCACUGUGGGGCUGCUGACUCAGUUUCCCUGCUUGGGGGGCUGCCGUGUGCCAAUGUUGCUCUGUGCCCGCUGCAGACGGGGGAAUACGCCACAGAUGAGGAGGAGGAGAUGAGCCCCAUGUUCCCCAGCAGCGAGAUGGCCAUCGAGGUGUUCGAGCUGGCCGAGAAUGAGGACACGCUCUCCCCAGUUGAGAUGGACCCCGAGAAGCUGGUGCACAAGUUCAAGGAGCUCCAGAUCAAGCACGCUGUCACCGAGGCGGAGAUCCAGCAGCUGAAGAGGAAGCUGCAGUGCCUGGAGCAGGAGAAGGCUCGGUGGCGGGCCGAGAAGGCCCAGCUGGAGCAGAGCGUGGAAGAGAACAAGGAGCGCAUGGAGAAGCUGGAGGGGUACUGGAUGGAGGCACAGAACCUGUGCCAGGCGGUGGAUGAGCACCUCAAGGAGACGCAGGCCCAGUACCAGACCCUGGAGCGCAAGUACAGCAAGGCCAAGCGGCUCAUCAAGGAGUACCAGCAAAAGGAAAUCGAGUUCCUGAAGAAGGAGACGGCGCAGCGGCGGGUGCUGGAGGAGUCGGAGCUGGCGCACAAGGAGGAGAUGGAGAAGCUGCAGGAGAAGAUCUCCGAACUGGAGGCCAAGCUGCAGACCUUGAAAAAUUCCAACCCGACUUAAACUACCCUCAAACCGCAGCGAUAUGAGGGGGCGGGGGGGGCUCUGCCCCUCUCCCCCCAGCCCCUCUCUCCCUCCUUUCCCAUCCCUUCCCCAUGGGGGGGGGGGAGGCGAGAUCCCACCAAGGCCUCCUGGUGCCCCCCACCUCCCAUUUGGGCACAGAGAGAAAAGGGGGGGGAUGCAAACAGGGUUUUAUUUUGGGGGGGCGGACACCCCACAUUCGUGUCUGUCCAGUGUGAGUCUCGUGGUAACGUGAUGGACUGACUGGGGGGGGGAGGCACGACCCCCCCAGGCCUCCCCCUCCCCAAAUUGCCCUCCUCUUGAUGUGACCUCCCCUCCACCCCAGACAUUGAUGAGGGGGGCGAACAGAAAUCAUCUCCCCCCCCAAAAAUGUGAACCACGCUGGGGAGCAGAAGGGGGCACGCUGGAAGCCCCCCCCCCUCCAUCCCUAUCUCCUCCUCUUGGGACUCAAUUGGAGCAUCAUGGGGGGGGGGGGGCUGGUUGCCUUUGUGUGCCCCCAUAUGGAAUCACCCCCCCCCCACACACACUGCGCUCGGCGCUGGGACCCCUCAGCCCCUUGAUACUGGGGGGGUCCCACUGCCCCCCCGCCCCAUACACACCCACUGCCACCACUGAGGUGCGGGGGGGGGACGUGCCGAGCCUUUGCCAAGCUCAGUCCUUGCCAACCUGUGCAGCGGGCACGGGGUGGGGGGGCACGGCCCCAGCACCACCACAUCCUCCCCCAGCCCAGGGCUUUGCCUUCCCUGGGCGGGGGGGGGGCACGGGGAUCCCCUUCCAGUGGGGGGAUCAAUGCCAGGAGGUGGUGACAACCCCCCCCCCCCCAAUUGUAAAUACACCCCCAGUAAAUCACAGUAUUUCUCUGGGGCACCCCCUCCCACCGGCAGCCCCCCCCCCUCAGC